AAGAACUGACGAAACGUUCACGGCAUCCGCCCAGCGUCAGUUAUUCGGGAAUAAUCGGAGUUAAGAAUGAUUUAUUACACACCGGAGCAUGUAUGCACAUCAAAUGAGGCAACAGAGCUUUGGUGCUGACAAAUAAUAUGGGCUUUUUUUCAGGUGUGAAUAGAGCUAAAUAGACCGCCAGAAGAGACUCAGUCUACCACAUUUUGAGCUGUGUAAUUAAUGCACGUCAACGUCACCGCAACCUGUUUGUAUAAAACGAAAUUGUGUUUACGAUUGCGUGUGAGCUUUCAUCUGCUGAAUAACUGUUACUGAGGUUUGUUGUUCAAAGAUUUACAUUUAACAUUUUGUUUAAUAUCAACUAUUGGAGUUUGUGAUACAAAUCGUCUAUAGAAUUCGAAUAUGGCAAUCAGUUCGACAAAACUGUUUUUAGUUGUUCUGGUAAUUGUGGUGAUAUUUGCUCUAUACUUGAGGAACAGGUUCACUCCACAGUAUGCCAACAAAAUAUGGAAAUGGGUAGAUGAGCAUAUGCAUUCUGCGAAAGAGAAGCUAUUCUCUUCAAUGCCUAAACUCAGAGAAGACUUAAACAGAGACUUGAAAAUUCUUGAAAUAGGCUCUGGGGGUGGCAUGAACUUCCGGUACUACCCGGAAGGUACUCAAGUCACAUGCGUCGAUCCCGAUCCGGAAGCAAAAAAGUUCCUAGAGGAAAACCUCAAACAGUUCCAAAAUAUGAAGAUAACCUAACGGAUUAUAUUUGUGGCAAAGCUGAACAGAUGUCACAAUUUGCUGAUGAUAGUUUCGACGCCGUCGUUUGCACGUUGGUUCUGUGCGCCGUUGACAACCCCGAGGCAGUCGUCAAAGAGAUUAAGCGAGUCCUACGACCGAAAGUUGGCGUGUUUUAUUUCGCCGAGCACGUUUUCGCCAGGAUUGGUGAUGGAACCAGGGUGAUCCAGAAAGUGGCGGAACCAAUAUGGCCGACACUAUUCUACGGCUGCCAUCUGAUGCGUGAAAGCGGCGAGGUUAUAAGGGAAGCUGGAUUCAAAGUCUGCAAAAUCACUCGCUUCGAUCUUCACAUUCCUUCACCCAUAAUGUACCCACUUCGAUCGGCUAUUUACGGAAUUGCAUCGAAAUGAUUGUUUUAUCAUUUAACCUUGUUUCAUUUUCUCCUGCGGUUAUCCAAAUAACUCCAUGUCCCUUGGUUACUUUUGCCAAAACCACAUGACUGGUCCAUGUUAACCAGUAUGAUCUAGGGUGUUUACUCAAAUGUUAUUGAAAAUGGUGUGACUAUUUGCAGAAGAUUAGGAUCUGUUGCUUAGCUUCAUCCAUGUGUAUACAUUUUGAAAGAAAAGGCAAUGGAAUAAGACAUCCGUUGAAGGCGUGACACUAUGCAAGAAGCUAAGGCAUUUUUAAAAUCUCAACAUUCUGCCUUUAUCCCAAUUUGAUCUCUAGUGUUUGCUUGUUUAGUUGAGUCUGUGGAUGUGUAUUAAAGCCGUGGCAUCAUGUUUGAUUUGAUGGUAUGCACGAAGAACACCUUUAAGAUGUGAUGGUCGUUUUGGAAGUUCCUAAAUAUCACAAACGCAACUCAUUUGGUAUUCCUAUUAAUCUGUUUUGUUGGAUUACUAUAAAUUCUGUCUGCAAGUUCAGAAGCUGGAAUGUGUUGUUAGAUCAGUUGAAGAACAUAAGUAUCGUUGCCUAUAUUCUUUCAUUUGAGGACAAUCAUUAUUAGUAUAUUACUAAGACUAGCGAGUGGUCACAACAGAACAUUCAUGGUAUACUGUUAAGAAUAUUCGACUAAUCACGUCUGACAUUUGGCUUUGAUGCAGUGAACACUGAAAUAACCUCAAACAAUAUAUGGGUUAGCUUACAAAACUGUUUAGUUAGUAGUAGUAAUUAAAGAACAUCAAACAAUAUGUGAGUUAGCUUACAAAAUUGUUUUGUUAGUAGUAGUAAUUGAAUACUGGUAAUAGUAACUGAUGAUAAUAAUGUUCUGCACAGCCUAUCUUUUGGUAGUACACGGCGACUAAUCAAAACGAUUUAAUGGUAUCUGUAUUCAAUAAGCAUUUCAUAUUUGACACAUAUUGUAGUAAAGAUUCGUAUAUCAUAUCUUAAGUUUUGGUAACAACGUAAGUAUAAUAAGUCUUGUCGAGGAGUUUAGUUCUUUCAAAAUUGUUACUGGUUACAUAAAAAGAGACGUUGGGUUUUCUGUCAUCAAAUUCGCCAGUUUGUUAGUUUUGUGGUUGAGUUUCAAGUCUGGUAAAGCUAUUUUAAUUAUAGUUGGAAAUGCUGCUCAUGUGAAGCAAAAUUAACAUUAAUGGCAUUGAAGGUAUUUUGGCAGUUUCUGAGACUCUAGACAAUAAGUAAUAAAGUAAUAAUUAAUAAAGAACAAACUACUGGAAUGCAAUAAAGGUAGUUUGUCAUCAUAGCCUGCUAGGUUACCUUGUAAUGUAUUUCUGUUUUAAACUUGGUUUUUGUGCUUGGACUUAGAGUUUCUUCACUUCUAUUUGUGUGGAAUUUAUUUCUGAAUGUGUAAUCACCUAUACAUUUGUCCGGCACUACACAGUGCAGAGAUUUCAAAUCCUGCCUGAAGUCGAAUGAAUGAUUAUAUUGUUUGUGAAAUCAAUAUGCUCUGGAGAUGUAAUAGUUAUUAAUCUAAAACAAAAUGUAUAUAUUGUUUGUGAUCAAUUGAAGUGUUCUGAAUUGUUAUACACCCUGGCGAUUCUGUAGGAUGUAUUUUUAAAGUUGCAGACACUAGUUUCAACGCGUGAAAACUGACACUGAAAUUGAUUAAUAUACAAACAUGUAACAAACGUGCAUAAAGUUACAAUGGACUGAACCAGAGGCUGUGCCUUUGAAACGGGGAAAUACACUUUGAAAUGAUCUAGUGCUCGUCUCCGUUACUUCUUAGAGGUUCUUGUGUUUUAAAAAUGUGAAGAAAUUUUUUCGUGGUGUUACAAACACCAGGAUGACCAGAAACACUUCAGAUGUACGGAAAUCGAUAAUUUAAACAAUAAAAUCUAAGUAAUAUCUGAUUUCAGUUAUACAAAACAGCUCUUAUAGUGACAAAUAUGCCGUAGUGUUUAAAAAACGUGGGUCUGUUACUUUUUAAAAGUGCUUACAAAAACGCAGUAUGCCACAACACAUAGUUUUAAUCUUCAGUAGAUUUUGGAACAACCAAGAACACACUGGACAUAAAGAAGUGAAUAUUCUCAGGAAGGUUUACGUUUCAGCCAGUCAACUAGUGUACACUGUUGUGAAAUGAUCAAUGACCUUUUAAACAGUUAAAUUUUUGUUUAAAGCUGUUCCUGGCACGCACAACUAUUUACAGUAUUAAAACAAAGACGUAUUAGUUUUGGAUGUCCUUCAACUGAAGAAGAAACUGUCUGCAAUACAUAGUUAAUUAUAUAUAUGGAACGAGACAGAUGUCAAGACUAAACUGUAUGAAGUAAAGUGUUAAUUAUAUAUGAAACGAGACCGAAGUCAAGACCACGUUGUAUGCAUCAAAGACUAAAUCAGGAUCAAAUGACAUUUAUGUGGGCACCUUCAUGUGAAGCCCGUUUCGAUUCCUUGUUUGAUUAUUUUGUUAUGGACUGUUCAAGAAAAGAUGUACUAAUCGCUUCCAGUACCUGGCGCUCAUUCAUCGUAAAGUGUAAACAGCUGAACGGUGCGUAUGUUGUGCGCACUUAAAAUAGCUGAUAUAUAACGCUCAUGACGUGAUUUGUAACAUUUACGAAACGCACGAUGUAUAAUAUUUAAAACCAUGCUUAUGACACGUGGCCCCUAAUAAGAAUCUCAGCUUUCGAAAUAAGCACUUGUCCGUUUGUCAUGAAAAGUGAAAAGCUGCUCGGACAAGCAAAAUGUACAUCAAUGGUUGCCCAGUGGACAAAUAAAAUUUUCAAUGCAGUUUUAUUUGGAGCAAUCAAAAAUAUGGUCCAUGUGCUUGAAUAAAACAAAUCAUUUCUUUGGAUAACCUGGUGAAAGAGUCUGCUAAUUUCUAUCGCUGAAGACCCAUACAAGGGGUUUGUACAUGUACAUAUAAAUAUUAUGCUGGUACGUAACUGUGAUCGUCCUGAAUGAUUAUGUGUCAGGUUAGUUUUGCUAGAAAGGAGAUUUCGUAUAUUGAACUGAGUUGUUAGAAUCGUGUUGUACUUAUAAUAUUGUAGUGUUGUUAUCCGCAAAACCGACUUUACCCAAUAGCUGUGGAGUAUGCACUUAAGUUUAAAUAAAGAACUGAAAUUGUU